UAGAGCUCCUACGGACCGGACGUUUCUGUCGUAGCAUAAACGUAGCUAAGGGCCUUGACACGUUUUCUUUACCAGAUUACGUGAAUUUCGUGUAUGUUGUGAUAAUUUCAUGUGGACCUUAUCUGUGUUGUUUUAGUGACAAGUAUAAAGAAUAAAACUUGGUGAUGAUGUUCGUGAAUCGUGCUGACAACUAAACGAAGAUGGCCGUUUUCACGCUAUUCAUUAUAGCGAUAUAUCUGACAACAACAUCAGCUUCGAAUUGUACAACGGGCUUCUCAGUUGUAACGCCAGAAGUAGCAGUUCCUGGGAAAACUACAGCAGUCCUAGUCACUCUUCAUGGCAGAGCUGGUGAUGAACUGGAACCAUUGAAUGUGACCGUUAAGUUGGAGACCAGAGAUGUGAACAAUGACGUCAAACUACUUACUACUGCCAGCCAGAUGAUAACAGGCUACGGCAUCAUUCCGCUGAAGAUACCUUCGUCUCCAGCAACGCAUUGCACACUUCACACAACAGUCGGAUGCAUUGGAAACGAGGAGUGCACUGCGAAGAGUCACAGCAUCAUAAAACUGCUCGGCCCUGUGAGAGAUGUUAUUGUCAGACCAGCCAGGCACCACUACAAACCUGGAGAAACGAUUACGUUUUGGAUUUUGGCUCUUGACCACGACUUACGCCUAGUUCGUGGAGAAGUAGCAUACGUCACGUUUAGCGAUCCUGCUGGUACGAAGGUGGUGGUUUGGGAUCAACUGUCUCUAGAAGAAGGAGUUCGCAAGUUGAGUUCGAUAAUCGCAUCUGGAGCUCGAUCAGGGAAUUGGAGGAUUGACGCUAAAGUCGGCGGUGGGUCAUCUCGAGUGGAUAUCAACGUGGGAUCAGGAGUUGGAGUCACCGCUCCGGCUGUACCGGCAGCUGAACAGCAUUAUGUGGAGCUCAAGUUUGCAGACAGCAUGAGACGACGAUACAAGCCUGGCUUACCUUUCGUCGGACGGGUAGAAGCAGUUAGCACUGAAAAGGAGGUCAGAGUGCGUGUGAAGCUGUAUGACAACAGUACAGAUAUCUACAGUCAGGAUAUCGACAUGUCUACUGGAGAAGGUGGUUUCAUAGUUCCCACUGUCUUGGCUGACUCGCCGUACAUUAACCUGCAGGCUGAGUUGGUAGCCGUUGAAGGGAAAGAGAUUGAAACGCAUUAUGUGUUGGCACGGGAACGUAUACGGCGUUGGAAUUCCACGUCCAAAUGCUAUCUUCUCGUGGAAAAUCUACCAACACCCUUGCAAGCCGGUGGUAUCGCCAGUGCAAGCGUCUGGUCUUCAUGUGGAUGUCGGCAGCGCCUCCUCGCCGCUGUCACAAGCAGUGGACGAGCUGUUCACUGGGCUGCAGUACCAGCACCGAAACCACGCAACGAUUCAGAUCUGUGCCGAUUUAACUAUACAUUCCCAGUAACUGCGGAUAUGGCUCCGAUGAGUUCAUUGCUCGUCUAUUACGUCACAGAAGACGGAGAACCAGUGAGUGACGUCGUUAGCUUCCACGUCAAACUUCUGCAUAAAGAGGUGGCUGUAGCAGUCGAGGAGCGUCGCUGGUGGUAUCCGCGAACCAGUCUCCAACUCAGGGUGCUGGCGCCAGCAGAUUCUUUGCUGUGUUUGAUUGGAGCUCGUUCGCCAACCGACUCACGCACUGACUCUCAUUUAUCGAAUUUGGACCAUGAAGAGCAGCCUCCGGAGUUCGUGUCGGCUGGAGUGUCGCUUUUUGUUGGAGGUGGUGCGUGCGGAGGAGGAGUUCUGUACCGGCAGAGGACCCCGCAAGUGAAGUCAGCAGCGCACCUCGUUCCACCAGCUAUGCACGAUCGGCUUUGGAUGUGGAAGUGUUUUAAUUACACAAGCCAGUUAUCCACCGACGGAGUGACCAUAGCUGCUCCUUCAGAAGCCGGUCGGUGGUCACUCUGGGCUCUAUCUUUGUCCAACCACGGCCUACGCUUCUCAUCACCAAAGACUAUCAACGUGUUCCGACCGAUACAGCUGGACUUUGCCCUUCCACCCGCACUGAAAGUUGGUGAAACUGUCGAAGUGGACGUCAAAAUUACGAACAACAUCAAUAAUUGCUUGGAUGUCACGGCUUUACUGGCUCUCAGUGCUGGCGCAUCAUUUGCAAGUACUGGAGCUCUGUAUGUGACGGAGAGGUUGAGGCUGGGACCUCGUGGUGGUACACAGCUGGUGGUGCGAGUCGCUGUUAAUACGCCGGGUCGAAAAAAUAUCACAGUUGAAAUUACCGGCUACAGCGCUGACAACUGUUCCAUAUCAUACACUUCAUUCAACAAUGAAAGCCUGGUUGGUUCGGUCAUCCGGUCUGCGAGUGUUCUGGUACUCCCUGAAGGGUUACACAGAAGCGAUACCCAGAGUGCUUACUUCUGUGCAAAUGAACAUCUUGCUGUAUCCUCUCGAGGCUCGUGGGAAUGGCAAUGGGUUGCUGCACCCAGGAACCGCGCCGGCUUGGUGCUGGAGCUGCGUGCCCAGGGAGCCGCUCACGUGGCACUCUCCACUGUUCGAGACGCUUCUGACGAUAUGUAUCGAGUGGUCUUCGAGAGAAGCCGAGUGUGGAUCGCUAAGGGAAAACAUGGGUAUGAUGUGCAUCUGGCAAGUGCUGAACAAACUGAGACAGACGAAGAAUGUUCUGGAUCAACCUGGUGUGCUUGGUGGGUGUGGUGGGAGGGAGGAAGAUUGUCCGUGGGCAAGGGGGCAGCCCCAAAUGAGAGACCCUUACUUAUGUGGCCUUUGCCCAAUAACAUGCGCAUACAAUAUGUGGGCUUCAGUGCGUUGUGGGGAAACACUGCAGAUUUCAGAAUAUGGAACUUCAAUGAAGAGGCUGGAUUCUCCCAAGUUCUGGAGCUAGGUCUCCCACAUGGUGUGGUGCCCGGUUCUGCAAGCGGAACACUGCUUGUCUCAGGAGGUCUCCACCUUCCAAUCUACAGUAUCAGUGAUGCUCCAGAUUCCGUUUGGAAAGAUUCCCAACUUUCUGCCGCCGCUGCCAACUUAUCGCCACUAUUGGCUCUCCAACACAUACCGCAUUUAAUUGACGAGUCAGAAAAGGAGAGGAUUUUGAAGAAAUUGCCUGAACAGGUGCAAAUCCUGCUAUCGUUCCGGAAAAGCGACAACUCUUUCAGUGACCAUCCUGCAGUGAAGAGUCAUUUAUCUACUAUAAAAAUACUGGAAAUACUAUCAAAAAUACAAUCCUACUACCCCAUUGACCCUGACUUAUUGCAAUCAGUUAAAACUUGGAUACAGAAGCGACAAAAUACAGACGGUUCAUUCACACCACUAGAAGCUGACAAGGAAGUAGACUACUAUCCUGUAUCUCUUAAGAAGUUAAAUGAAAGUGAUGUCGAUGUUGAUGUACAUGAAUAUUAUUAUUUCGAUAAAGAUGGAAACAUGACUGAUGAUAAAAUUGAAGCUGAGAGAACCGUUGAAGUUACUGCUGAAACUCUUGUAGCUUUGUUAGAAGUUGGUGUUGAGAAUCAGUUGGAUGAAGACGUUGCAAAAAAGGCGCAGAGAUAUUUAGAAGAGAACGUACACGAGUUAACUUCACCAGCUGCUCUUGCUGCCACUGUAUUAGCUUUGGUGCUAGCUAGGAGUCCUGUAGUUCCUGAAGCAUUAGAAAUACUGCGUAAUGCCUCAACGACAGAAGAGGGAGAAUUUGGUUGGCCUGCGCCGAGGAAAGAUGCCGCUGAUUGGUUGCUGGAAGAGACUUCAAGAAAUAUUAAAACAACUUCUUAUGAAGCAGUAUCAAUGGAGCAAUACGUGGCUGGUGUACGAGUGUUGCUAGCAGCGUGUGCUCGUGGUGCCCUGGCUGAGGGUGAAGCUGCCGCCAGGUUCCUGUACUACAGAGCAUCUACAUUACAGAAACACCCCAGCCUGGCGUACUCUGCCACAAAAGCCGCCGCCCAGUAUGCUUCUCUGGCGCACGACAGGCAUCGCGCGCUAACAGUAUCGCUGGCCACGGCUGGUAUGGAACUAACAGAUACACUGGAACUGCGAGCCACUAGUCCCAACCGCGAGUUGCAACUCCCAGGGCUGCCAACCAAAGUAUUUGUAUAUGCUACUGGUGCUGGAUGUGCUACUGUUCAGGGAACGAUCACGUAUUCAACGUAUACUCCAAAACCGGAAAAUGCCUUAUUAAAUAUCCAAGCUGCUAUUAUUGAAGAAAUCAGACCAGAACGAAGUAGUAUAGAGGAGUUGCAGGGCAAUCUACCAACAGUCAUCAUCAAGACAUGUUUUAAAUGGAAAGGCAAAAAGCGUUCCGGAAUACUCCGCGUAGAAGUAUCAUUGUUCUCUGGCUAUGAGCUACAUUCUGUAAACCCAGUUGUACUGGAUGGAGCAACGUUCGCAGACUUGCACUACGGUUCUAGGGGUGAAUCUAUUUGGUUCGUUUUCAAUAAUAUUAGUUCAACUUGUCCUAUUUGCGUCACAUACGAGGCGAGAUCUAAAUUUAUAAUAACAAGCCUUCGCCCUGGAUUCGCAAAAAUCUAUCCUUUAUCAAGACCUGACUUAAGUGUUGAAACAUUUUUCCAUGCGACAUCAGGAAGUCCUCUACUUAAAGGCAUAACAGACGAUGAUAUGAUCACUUGGUUCAAUAAACCAGAAAUAGCCAAUUUCAAAUCAAGUAGUAUAGAUAAUAUCUGUGAAUGUGGACGAAUUUGUAGUCGAGAUUAUGAAUUUAGAAAACCUAGCAACGACCAACAAUCAAGCUCCCAGAAUCCUAUUAUAUUUGGUGAUACUGAAUUUACUGAUAUAGUUACAAAUAUAGAUGCAAUUACUGUACUAACCUUCAACGAUUCUGAUAUUAAGAUAACAACGCGAAAAACUAUCGAUGAAAAGGUACCUACUGCUACCCCUCCACUGGAUCUUGCAACAAUUGGCUAUACAAUUAUUAAAAAUCUGGAUACAUUUUCUACGCAGUUGCCAGCCAGUACCACAACUUUCAAGGAUAUGGUCAUACCUACCAAAUUAACUAAAAGUGAUAAGAUUGAUAAUAACCUGCUACCUAUGUUAUCUAAAGAAUCACCUAAAUCUAAGACAUAUAUAAAGAAAGUAGAUAUAAAGAAAAAACCCUUGCCUAGACGCAAAGGUACAUUAAAAGCUACGUAUGGUGAUAAACAAGAAGUUUUUUUCCCUAGAACUGCACCCAUAAAUAUUACUUCAAUUACUCAAAUCAAAAAUAACAAUGUUUCAAGACCUACGGAAAAUAUAGACGUGGCAAAAAUUCAAAAUCAGCAAUCAACGAAUCUUCCAAUCAUAAAUGUGAAUAUUUCUGAAAUAAAUGGAACGAUAUCAUCACUCAACUUUAAUCAAGAGACAACAACUAUAGGGCACACUAUUACAGCAAUCACAAAGAGCAAUAUUAAAUCUUUUCACUACAGAACAAAAAAACCAAAAGCUAAAACACAAAUUCCAAAACCAAAAAUGGACAGUAAUCAAACAAACACUAAGCAUUUUGAGAAUAAUAAAACAGUACAAGAUAAUAAAAAUAAAACUUCGUCAAUUGAAAUAAAGCCCAAACAAUUAAAAUCUAUAAAUAAAGAAAUCCAUAAAAUUCCUCCAACACCUAUGUCUGAAACAUCUCGGUUGAUUAAUGAUUCGACCAAAACUGAAAUUACACCAGACAAGGAUGGAUUCGAAAUUUUAGACAAAAAUCAUCUUUGGGAUCUACUUAAAGAGGAUCCUGACAACGUCACUAAACUUGACGAUAAAAUUCAAGUUCACAAUAUACUAAAUGUUUCAGUUGACAAAAGAAACGAUAGCAAAUCCUUAUAACUUCGUUGUAAGAAAUAAAGAUUUAUUUUUGUAUCAUUUUAAAUAAACAAUGCGGUUACUUUUAAACUCUUUUAUAAAUAUUGUGAAUGAUCACUUGAAAAUCUCUUUUCUUUAAUUUUAUCCUUAUAAUAUUUUGCUCUAGUUCCUUGCUCAUGAUUAAUAGCACAAAAAUAAUUAUCUGCAUUUAUUGUCCGUUUAUUGGAUGUGUGUUGUAAAUAAUAAACUUCUAAGAUUAAUUAUUAAUUAAGUAAAUGUGCUGUGACGAUUAGUUGUAAAUGGAUCGUAGGUUUCUAAUCUGUAAGAUUGAAUCAGGUGUUUUUAAUGCUACAAACUGAUUUAAGGCAAUAUCUGAAGACGAAUAUAUGAAUAGCAAAAAAAUAAUAUGUAUGACCAACAAUAAAAAAGAUCCUUUUUCGAAUGAAAUUUUUGAUUUAAGAUAUUAUCUUUUUAAAUUUAAUAACAUAUAUUUAAUUAAUGACAAGAAUAAUAGUGUUAAAUACAUAACACAUUAUGACAUAUUAAAGAUGUAACUUAAGAAAUACCUUAUCGCAAUUUAAUAAUUUUUUCGGCGUCUAUUUAUAACGGAAGUUUUGAUUCUUAGGUAAAAAACGUUUAAACAAUAAUUGGGAAAUUUUAAAACGCACCUUUACUGAAUUUACAAAAGGGCUUCAAGCUUCAAAUAGUAUAUUACCCUAAGAUAGAUUUGCUAGACAUAUUAGGUAAUUGGUGUAGGGCAUGUUUAAUAUUAUUACUCUUUUAAUAGAUAAAGAUGGUUGUAUUUAGAUAAAGUUUCGUAGCAAUAAAUGUAAGCCAUGUAAAUAUAAUUUUACUUCCAUAUAGUUGCCAAAAUUUCGAUUAAUUUAGACUUCUGUAAUCCUACUUAGGUACCCUAUGAUAGUUUAGUCUUUUAGUAUAAUGCGUAAUGCAAAAUGCCCCAGAAUUUCCAUCCGUCUUAACUAUUUCUUCUAUGUCUAUUGUUAAAACGUAGUCUCUUACAGUAGAUGUGUUAGAUCGUUUUUAUUAAAGCAUUUAGAUCCAUUUCUUCAUCACUUCAAUUUCAUUAGAAUUUCAUAGUUCCGUUUUGUUGUAGAUUAGUUAGCUUUAUAAUCCUGUAUUGUAUUCUUUAGAUGUAUAACGUAGUCAUACUUAUAAAUUCCAUCUUUUUCAAAGUUACAAUGCGUACUCGUAAACCUUUUCAUGUCAGAAAUAUGUUCUUAAGAUAAUUUAUUUAAAUUCUUUAUUACCCUAAACAGACCUCAAAUCUUUCAUAAGUCAAAGUGACUCACUACAUUUUGUACUUUAAAAUUGACUGAUAUUAUUUUUGAAUUUAUGUCUAUCAUCAACUCUCGUUUUUAACUGUCACAGGUUUUUCUAGUAUUUGUGAUUAGCUAAUAUUUUUAAUUUAUUUAUAUGUCAUUAUUUAAUAUUUUUUCUCUAGUCAUAAACUUAGUGUUUAACUUUAAAUAUUUGAUAAAUUCGUGUAGUAAUAUAAGUGUGUAAUUGUACGGUUGUAUCAAUAUAGGUGCUUGUGCGAAGGAUUAUUGUCAAUUUCAAGUGUAACAGAAUUUGGAUCUCGGUCUAAGUUCAAAAUUUUUAUGCUUACUGAAUAAGCUAGUACUGUAAACUCGAUGUAAUGGAAGAGAAAUAAACAUAAUAAACCCUUA